UCCAGCUCCAGCUGCCCUCUGUGGCUGACUUCUGUAUCCUCCCCCUCUCCCAAGCUAACAGGCCCACGGGGACGGAUAGGGAGGGAGGCUGAGUGGCUGUACUGUGGGCAUGCCUGCUCCUUUCCCUUCCCCCUUCCCUUAGCAGCAACGUCACCGCAGCACCAGCAGUGGGGCAGCAGCAAGGAGAAGGCUGGGAUUGCGCAGCCUCCCUGCAUUAGUUAGGAUGCCAUUGUAUUAGCAGAAAUCAGACCUGAAGAAAUCAGCCCUGUUCCCCUGUGCGUCCAGUGAUAGAACAGUGCCUCGGCUGGGAUUGUCACAGUAGAGCCCCGGAGUGCCAGAGUAACAGGAGCGGCCAGGUCCAGCACAAGGCUCCUUGCAGAGGUGCCAAGCUCUCCUGAUGAAAUGUUUUCUGCCCCACUGGGCUUCGAGGGCAGUGUGUGGUGCUGUUGAUGCCCUUGUUCGAACUUUCCAGAAUGGAUAGUCCCCCAAAGCUGACUGGAGAGACCCUCAUCGUCCACCAUAUCCCCCUCGUGCACUGUCAAGUCCCAGACAGGCAGUGCUGUGGAGGGGCAAGUGCAGGUAGUGGGAGCACAAGAUCCAACCCCUUCCGCUCGCCUGAACUGGGCUUCAUCCAGCCUGACCAGGACCUGGGACAAGCUGACUCCCUCAUACACAACAGUCUGCACUCUGCGCCAGGGACGUCUACACGGCCUGCAGACAGCACCAAGAGUAGAGGUCGGGAUGGAAGAGGCCCUGGGGCCCCCAAGCGUCACAAUCCCUUCUUGCUGAAGGAGAGUGUGGGUGAGGCAGGACUUGGUGACCUGUAUGAUGACAGCACUGGUGACAGCACCCAGAAAUCCUUCCACCUGCACAGCACCCGCCAGCCCAGCUUCCAUCUGUCCUCUUUUCAGUUGCCACCCUCUGGCUCUGGAGUGGGCAGGUCAUGGGGAACAACACGUAGUCGUCCUGGAGUGGUAGAGGGGCAAGAACAGGAGCCAGUGAUGACCUUGGAUUCCCAGCAGUGUGGUACUAGCCACUGUUGCCGGCCAGAGCUGGAAGCAGAGACCAUGGAGCUGGAUGAAUGUGGGGGGCCUGGUGGGAGUGGCAGCGGAGGGGCAGCCAGUGAUACCUCCGGCUUUUCCUUUGAACAAGAAUGGAAGCUGAGUUCGGAUGAAUCCCCAAGAAACCCUGGACGAUCUGGCUCACGAGUUCAGCACUGCCACUGCAGUAGCGCGUCCAGCCAGUCAGAGGCAGCCGACCAGUCUAUGGGCUAUGUCAGCGACUCCUCCUGCGACAGUUCAGACGGCGUGCUGGUCACCUUCAGCGCCCUCUACAGCAAGAUGCACGGCAGCUCCCGUGCCAACCUCAACUCUGCCCCUCAGUCCUGCAGCGACUCUUCCUUCUGUAGCCACUCAGACCCUGGAGCCUUUUACCUGGACCUGCAGCCCUCCCCCGCUGAGUCGAAGAUGUCCUGUGAGUCCCAUCACCCUGAAAGUGGAGACAGAGAAGGCGGCUGUGGUUGUCCUCAUGCCUCAUCUCCUGAGCUUGAUGCCAACUGCAACUCCUACCACCCACACUGUGAGCCCUGCCCAGCUGUGGCUGACCUCACAGCCUGCUUCCAGAGCCAGGCCCGGCUCGUGGUGGCCACACAAAAUUACUACAAACUUGUCACCUGUGACCUGUCCUCUCAAUCAUCCCCAAGCCCAGCUGGCUCUUCCAUCACCAGCUGCUCUGAAGAACACACCAAGAUAAGUCCUCCACCAGGCCCUGGCCCCGACCCAGGCCCCAACCAGCCCUCUGAGUAUUACCUCUUCCAAAAGCCAGAAAUACAGCCAGAGGAACAAGCAGCAGUAGGUUCCUCAAAAGAAGCAGCCGUGUCCACGGGCCCCACUGUCCUUGAGGGGCAAGUAUAUACAAAUACUUCCCCCCCCAACCUCAGCACUGGACGGCAGCGUUCUCGUAGCUAUGAUCGCAGCCUUGAGCGCAGCCCUCCUGCCCGCCUGGGCUCCCUGGAGCGCAUGCUGAGUUGCCCAGUGCGCUUAAGCGAGGGCCCUGCAGCCCUAGCUGGGUCUAGUUCCCCACCCAAGAGGGUUACCUCCUUUGCUGAGCUUGCCAAGGGCCGAAAGAAAGCUGCAGGCUCUGGCGGAUCCCCACCACUUCGGGUGAGCAUUGGGGACUCCUCCCAGGAGUUCUCACCCAUCCAAGAAGCCCAACAAGAUAGGGCAGGCCCACUGGAUGAGGGCACUCACUGUAGCCAUAGCCUGCCACCCAUGCCCUUGGGGCCAAACCUGGACUUACUUGGCCCAGAACCCUGGUCCCCCCAGGUCUGUCAGGGCUCCCAGUCCAGUGAGAUGCUACCUGGCCUCAGAGCUUCUGGGCAAGGCCCCCUGUCCCAGCUGAUGGAUCCAAUGCCUGCUCUCCCAGGGAGCACAGCCAACAGCCAUACCCAGAGGGAUGCAAGAGCUAGAGCUGACGGGGGUGGUACUGAGAGCCGACCGGUCCUUCGCUACAGCAAGGAACAGAGGCCAACCACGCUGCCCAUCCAGCCCUUCGUGUUCCAGCACCACUUCCCCAAGCAGCUGGCCAAGGCUCGAGCCCUCCACAGCCUUUCUCAGCUUUACAGCCUUUCGGGCUGUAGCCGUGCACAGCAGCCUGCUCCACUGGCUGCCUCUACUGUUCAAGGCCCAGCCCCAGCUCCCUCAGGGGAACCCCAGGCAUCCACACCCCAAGCCACUGGCAGAGGUGCCAGAAAAGCUGGGCCUGAACCAGAGACCUCUCGGCCAUCACCGCUGGGAAGCUACUCCCCUAUCCGGAGCGUGGGCCCCUUUGGGCCCAGCACUGACUCUUCGGCCUCUACUUCGUGCUCCCCUCCUCCAGAGCAGGCCACAGCAGCAGAAAGCUUACCCCCAUGGAGCCAUUCCUGUCUUCCCACUGUGCGGCCUGCCACCUCCCAGCAGCCACAGCAGGAGGGUCACAAGAUACUGCCUUUAGCUGAGUACCGACUCCAUGGCACAGGAAGCUUGCCACCUCUAGGGUCCUGGAGAUCUGGCUUCACCCGGGCAGAAAGCCUGGCUCGAGGAGGUGGUGAGGGCAGCAUGGCCUCCAGGCCCAAUAAUGCCAACCACUUAUCCCCUCAAGCCCUCAAGUGGCGGGAAUACAGGAGGAAGAACCCACUGGGGCCACCUGGUUUGUCAGGGAGCCUAGACCGAAGGCCACAGGAAGCGCGGCUGGCCCGCAGGAACCCCAUCUUUGAGUUUCCUGGUUCCUUCAGUGCUGCCAGCCAUUUGAACUGCCGGCUGACUGGUCACAUUGUAAAGCCAUUACCACUGGCCUGCCCUGACCUCCAAGACCCCUUUUCCUUAACUGAGAAGCCUCCAGCUGAAUUUUGCCUGUCCCCAGAUGGCAACUCAGAGGCCAUUUCCAUUGACGUGCUUCAGAAAAAAGGGCUGGUGAAAGCUGUCAACACUGCUGUGGACCUCAUUGUGGCCCAUUUUGGCACAAGCCGGGAUCCUGGCGUCAAGGCAAAGCUGGGAAACAGCUCUGUGAGCCCCAACGUAGGCCACCUGGUUCUGAAGUACUUGUGCCCUGCAGUCCAAGCUGUGCUGGAAGACGGGCUCAAGGCCUUUGUACUAGAUGUCAUCGUUGGGCAACGUAAAAACAUGCCAUGGAGUGUGGUUGAGGCGUCCACACAGCUAGGCCCAUCCACCAAAGUCCUACAUGGCCUCUACAACAAAGUCAGCCAGUCCCCAGAGCUCACCAGCCACACUAUGCGUUUCAACGCCUUCAUCCUUGGCCUGCUCAACAUCCGGUCCCUGGAGUUCUGGUUUAAUCACCUCUAUAACCAUGAAGAUAUCCUCCAGACCCACUACCAGCCGUGGGGCUUCCUGAAUGCAGCUCACACUGUGUGCCCUGGCCUCUUUGAAGAGCUGCUACUGCUGCUGCAGCCCCUGGCCUUGCUGCCCUUCAGCCUGGACCUGCUAUUCCAGCACCGGCUGCUGCAAAGCGGACGGCAACAGCAGCAGCACAAGGAACUGCUGCGAGUGUCCCAGGACAUGCUGCUCUCUGCACACUCCACGUUGCAAUUGGCCAGGGCUCGGGGCCAGGAAGGCCCUGGAGAUAUGGACAGGGUGGCCCCUGGGGAGCGGGUAAAGGGUGUAGGUGCCCCAGAAGGUGGAGAAGAUGAGGAAGAGACAGAAAAGGUGGCGGAGGUGGUGGGGAGCUCAGGACAAGGCAGGUGGACCCGAGGUGGACAGGCUGGCUGGUGGUACCAGCUCAUGCAAAGCUCCCAGGUCUACAUCGAUGGCUCUACUGAGGGUUCUAGAUUCCCUCGAGGGAGCAGCAACAACAGCAAUGGAAGUAGCAUUGAGAAAAAGAAAGGGACAGUCAGUGGGGCUGCUCCCCAUGCUCCCCCACCUCGGGAGGGAGUCGUGGAAGGAGCUGAGGCCUGCCCUGCCCCUGAGGAGGCCAUUGGCCAGGAGAGGGGCUGGCCUUUCUGGAUGGGGAGUCCCCCUGACUCUGUGCUGGCCGAGUUGAGGCGUAGUCGGGAGAGGGAGGGACCCUCCGCCCCACCAGCAGAAAAUGAGGAAGGAACCUCAGAGCCUUCAUCUGGAGGCAUCAAGUGGGGACACCUCUUUGGUUCCCGAAAAGUACAGCGGGAAGCCCGACCUACAAACAGGCUGCCCUCCGACUGGCUGAGCCUGGACAGAUCUAUGUUCCAACGAGUGGCACAGACAAUGGGGUCCCGACCGGAACCUGAGCCCAAGGAGACCCCGCAGGAGCCACUUUCUCCAGUCCUGCCCUCCCAGCCUCCGUGUGAAGUGCAGGCACUGUGCCACCAUCUGGCCACAGGCCCCGGACAGCUGAGCUUCCGCAAAGGAGAUAUCCUACAGGUGGUGGGGCCAGCUGGAGGAGACUGGCUGCGCUGUAGCCGUGGCCCCGACACUGGCUUGGUACCUUUGGCCUAUGUGACAUUGACCCCAACUCCAAGUCCAACUCCUGGAAGCAGCCAAAACUGAGGCCCUGUGCAUGCUGGUGGCCUCAGGGACCCUUAUAACCCCCAGACUCAGAGCCUGAGAGUCCUCCUCGAUCCGGUGGGCUUGCCUACCAAAAGUAGACUGAGAGCUGGGGCCGCGUAUCCCUGUGCUGGCACCUGCUCCCUGUGCUCAGUAUUAAGUACUUCCCCUAAACUGUCCCAGCGGCUUUGUCCACACCUCCAAGAAAGGAGGGAAGGGACACAGCACUGGGCUGCCAGGAUUUCCCCAGCCCAUCUGGGCUGACAUUUUCAUGGGUGUCGAAAGCAAGUCACUACAGAGGGAAGUGGCCCAGAGGCCAUUGUAGUUCCCCUAGGCCAAGUGGUAAUGAGAAUGGCUAACAGUAUUGGGGCCAGAUCCCUAAGCCCCCCACACUGUAAAUAGGUUGUGACCAGUGCCUGGUCAUCAGAAGAAGGGAAAGGAGCCCAGGCUUCUGUUUAUGUAUUUAUUUAUUUAUUUAUUAUACCUAUUAAUAAAAAAGGUGCUCAGCCUCCAAACCA